CCUCACUUCCUCUUCCUCCUGUUUACUCCUCCCACCUAUGUUUUAACCUAUCAGGGCAAGCAGUUUCUUUAUUUAAUUAACCAAUGAAAUCAACAGAUUGAUAUAUGACACUCCCACAUCACUGUCUCCAAAUUUUUUAAUUAAAUUAAUAUUAAAAAGAGAAUGCCCUGCUAUUUUUAGUCCCAAAUCAGAGGGAAUGCUCACAAUAUUUUCAAUAAGUAUGUUUCCAGGACAGUGGGGACCAAGUCCAUAAAAUCCUGACUUCUGCGCUUGGGUUAUGACUGGCGUUCAAGGAGAGGGGUACGCUUGGGGCUGAGCAGCUGGUCCUGCCUCCGGGUGCCAGCAGAUGCUUGUUGCCAGAGUGUCGGUGGAAGGUGCCUGGGCGCCGUCCCCCAGAUGCACAGAUGUAGCCCUGUUAUUACAUCCACACUCCUGUCUCUGCCCCUGCGGCCCUUCCUGCCUUGUCUUCUAACCGUUUUUUUCUGCCUAUCACCCGAAGGUACAACAGCACCCCCUGGGAUGGGGUCUCCAAGCCCAACCAAAGAUGAAGUGAGGUUCUACUUUUCCAAUUCACACGCCUCGGAUGAGAACAACCCCUUCUACUAUGAUGAUUUCACUCUCAGGAAGCGGGGACUCCUGGUGGCAGCAGUACUGUUCAUCACCGGCAUUAUCAUCCUCACCAGUGAGAGUGGGGCCUGGGCAGACGGGGCACCGGGACUCGGGGCGGGGUGCUCUGGAGGUUGAGGGUCAGGGUCUU